AUGUCAGGUCUUGCCUCUAAAUGGGCAGAUGAACCAGAUUUGGUUAAAGCUGCUGUUGAACAAGAUUCCACAAAGAGAACAUCACCUUCAAAAUCAAUUAAUUCAACAUCACCAUCGAAAUCAAAUGCUGUGACAUCUGUCAAAGGGAAACCAUUAGCUAGUAAAUGGGCUGACUCAAGUGAUGAUGAAAAAGAAGAAGAAGUUAAGAUUCCAAUUCACAAAUCUCCACCAAAGCAUAAAUCUAUACCAAAAGAACCAAGGAAAUAUAGAGAUUCACCUAAAAAACAUAAUAAAGUCAAUGAUUUAUCCUCAAUAUUUGAUAAUCAAUUACAAUUAGAAGAUCAUGAAGAUUCAAACGGUAGAGAACAAAUGACACCUGAAGCUAAAGCUUUUGCCUCUAGAUUAGGUAUUUCAUCAAAUGAUCAACCAUCAAAACCAAAGAUUCAAUUUAAUAAACAUCAUAAAAGUAAACAUCAACACGAUGAAGAACACUGGGAAGAUGAUGAAGAAGAAGAUCAGGAAGAUGAAUACGAGAUAGAUGAAGAAGAAUACAAACCUCAAGCACCAACUAAAGCUGGUAAUAGCCUUGCAUCACGUUUAGGAUUAGGUUCAACGUUACCUGAAAAGCCAAUACAACCAAGUAAAGAAGAUAUACGGAAUAGAAGGGAACAAGAACGUGAUAGAUUACAAAAAGAGCGUACCAAAGCCAACCGUGAAUGGAAUCACAACAAAGAUUUCAAUCGUAAUAGGGGUCAUAAUGAUCGUAGAUAUUCAAACCACAAUAGAGAUCAUAAUGAUAAUAGAUAUUCACAUCAAAAUAGGGAUCAUAAAUUUGAACAUAGAGGUCAACAUCAUCAAGAUCAUCAUAAAGAAUAUAGCUUAAGAGGUAACAAAUAUGACAACGAUAGAGAACAUCGUGUCAACCAACAGAGUAAUCCUGAACCAAAACCACAACUAAAAGCUGAAAAAUUAACAAAGGAACAACUCGCCAAACAAGAAGAAGAAUUAAAACAGCUUGAAGAGAUGAUGAGUUCUGGGGGUAAAAAUAUCAAUUGGGCAGAUUUUGAAGAUGGUUUUUGA